AUGUGCAUCCCUCGCCCGCGGAGACACAGAUCCUCCUCCAGCACGACCUCUCCCAUCACAAACCUCCCCUACGACCGCCUGGAAUCGCCGCCCCCGACGCCGCGAAUGGCCCCCAAACCACUCACCACCACCUCAGCGAUGCCGACCAUCGGCAUGCCGGGACCCUCCUCAGCCCGCGUCUCCUCCCAGCACGAGCGCCUGCUCCUCGAGCUCCUCCCCUUUAAAGAAGCGUCCAAGUUCCACGAGUGGCUCGACAGCCCCUUCGUCCGCGGGCCCUGGAACGAGUUCCACGCCGACUUCCUCCUCCGGUGCGGGGCCGCGUCCGGAGGAGGCCCGUCCGGUGGUGGUGGCGGCGCCGGCAUCCCGGAGCCGGACAAGGCCCGCACCGCGCAGGCCGCGCGCGAGGCCCUCAACUCCAAAAAGCCAAAGUUCCUCGUCUACCACCCGGACAAGACGGGCUGGACCGCCGAGGACCACUACGUGCGCUUCAUCAUCACCCUCGUCGCCGACAACCUGCUGCAGAACCUGUGGUACGAGUCCGAGUGGAAGAAGCGGGGGCUCGACAUCGCAAAGGCCGCGUACGAGGUGCUCAUCUUCCUCAAGGCCACCCUGUACGUCGACCCCAGCCCGCCGAGUUACUCGGCAUGA